AAUUUGUACAACUUCUCAUUAAUUUACUUUAUCUACUUAGAUAUAUAUCGUUGUCUCGUUGAACAUGGCUCUUCCUUCACCAUUCAUCACCCCACAAAGAAAGACUUCAUCUAUACUAAGCUUAUAACCCCGAAUUCAUUCGUCACAGUAAGAAAUCGAUUUUCUUUGACAAACUAUGUACCAAACAUAGGUCACGAACAAUUACUUCCAUUCAAAACUCCGAAAUCAGCCAUGGAGGUUACUAAGCAGGCCCAUAAAGCCCAUGUUCUUGUGUUUCCAUUUAUAGGCCAAGGCCAUGUUAACCCAAUGCUCCAAUUCUCGAAACGAUUGGCUUUCAAAGGCAUCAAGCCCACCUUAAUCACAGCCCAAUACAUUUUCAAAUCUAUGCAAACCACCACCAUUGAAACCCAAUUUGGCCCACCGAUUCAAAUUCGAUCCAUAUCCGAUGGCUACGAUGAUGAUAGUGGAGGUAGUCACCCGGAGUCUAUUGCGGCCUACUUGGAUAGUCUUCGGGUCAAUGGUGCUAAAUCUCUGGCCCAACUUAUUAUGAGGCUAAAUGAUGAAGGUGACCCGGUUCAAGCGAUCAUAUAUGAUGGGUUCUUACCUUGGGCCUUGGAUGUAGCUAGGCAAUUUGGGCUUGUUGCUGGGCUGUUUUUCACACAGUCUUGUACAGUGAAUAGCAUUUACUAUCAUGUUCAACGUGGGCUGAUCCAGCUCCCGCUUACAGGUCCUGACUUGAUUAAAGUCUCGGUUCCUGGGGCUCCGGAGCUCCACCCGUUUGAGGCUCCGUCUUUCGUGCACACUUAUGGGUCAUACCCGUUUUGGUUUGAUGUGAUUUUGGGACAGUUCUCUAAUAUUGAUCAAGCAGAUUGGGUGUUGUGCAAUAUCUUCUAUGACAUGGAGAAAGAGGUCGUUGAUUGGAUGGCCAAGCUGUGGAAAGUAAGAACCAUAGGACCAACAGUUCCGUCAUAUUACCUUGACAAAAGACUAGAAGAUGACACAGACUAUGGCCUUCAUCUCCUCAAGCCAGAUAAAACCUUAUGCAAGAACUGGUUAGACUCCAAACCAAAAGACUCGGUUGUUUAUGUGUCUUUCGGAAGUGCAGCUGAAUUGUCUAAUGAACAAUUCCAAGAACUAGCACGGGGUCUAAAAAACAGCGACCUAAAUUUCUUGUGGGUUGUAAGAGAAUCAGAGCAAGCAAAACUUCCAAAAGGGAUCAUAGAAGAAAAUUCUAAGCAGGGUCUUGUGGUGGGAUGGGCCUCACAGCUGGAGGUAUUAGCCCAUGAGGCGACAGGCUGUUUUGUGACACACUGUGGGUUUAACUCGAUCCUAGAAGCAUUGUCCCUCGGCGUGCCAGUGGUGGGUGUCCCACAGUGGACGGACCAAGGGACUAAUGCUAAGUUUGUGGAGGAUAUAUGGGGAGUCGGCGUCAGAGCCAGGGUAGAUGACAAGGGGAUUGUGCAAAGAAAGCAAUUAGAGGAAUGCAUUACGGAAGUCAUGGAGGGUGAGAAAAGUGAAGAGAUUAAGAAGAAUUUGAGUAAGUGGAAGAAGUUGGCUAAAGAAGCAGUUGAUGUAGGUGGAAGUUCUGACAAAAACAUUGAUGAAUUUGUAGCUUAUUUAGCAGCAUGUUAGAAGUUGAUAAUAUUUAAGAGGAAAUUUAUUGUAUAAAAUAUGGUUCUUAUGAUUGAUAUGUUUAUUUUUGUUUACUGUUACAUAUUUUUCCAAUGCUGUGUUAUUAUAUAUGUUCUUCCUGAAAUCUAAUCAUCAUAUUCUGCAUCUGAAUCUUAUGUUAGUACGAAGUAUGUUAUAG